AUGUCAUCAACUGCGUCUCCGUCAAAAGUCGCCUAUUCAAUGACACUUCCCAAUGAACUAUGGCUUUCAAUCUUCGAAUAUCUGUCUCCACACUCGCUUCGUAACCUUGUCUUGACGUCGAAGAACUUUCAUGCGGUCGCCAUCCGUCUUCUUUACAAGCAUCUGAUUCUGACGUCCCCGACAUCGUUUGUAACGGCGUACUCAGCGUUAUCUUCCAUCCAGCCUUCACCGUAUUCUCUUCUUCUUGGUAUUUCCCCGCUCGUAGAGCGCCCAAUGGAGCAGCUGAAGGAAGCUGUCGCUGUUGUUUCUUUUGCGGAAGCUGACGACUGGACGCCCAUUCCUGUCAACAGGCAGUCAACCAGGUUUCGCUUCUUCCAAAUCAAGGAUGCAUAUCAACCGCGCUUCCUUGCGGACGCCACUGUCUACGACAAGCUCAUCACCCAAGUUACCUCCCAGGCCUUUACCUCUCUCAGACAGGUUGUCUUCCGUGGUAUGCUUCUCCCGCGAGAUUUCCACUCUAUCCUGCGCGACCUUCCGCACUUGCGUGAUUUAGCAGUUGUGCACUGCACCGUUCACUUCGCUGGCGUCUAUAUAGAUAUCAAGCACACUUCCCUGAAAAUAGAAUCUCUCACCCUCAUCGAUAUUCGCUCUACGUUUCCAUCCAAUGACGACGACAUCAAUCCUCGGAAUCCCCGUACUCGUCUACGCAUGCUUGCAAAAGUCCCCACCCUCCGCACUCUCACAUAUGACCACACCGUUUGGUUACACCAUGUUUUCACACCUUCCUCGCCACCUCCCCCACUCAUUGCUCUCGACGUCAAGUUUCCCAUCCAGAAAGACCGUCCCAGAGUCCCACAGGGCUUCAUCUCGUUCCUAGAGACUCUUCCCUCCCUUCGCACUCUCAUCCUGCGAAACCACGUCCCCGCCCUUCCACUGUCGCCAAAUUCUCUUCCAGCCCUCUGUGCAGUUUCUGCCCCUUUAUCUGCUAUCUCUUCUAUCUGUUCCGGACCCAGAAUUAUCAAGCUCGAUAUCCGCGAUGAAGCCACGCUCACGCCACUCUACAAAUCAUUCGCAGAAGUGCACUCUCACUUAUCGAGGGUGCAAGAGCUUUCACUAUUUGUGGGGGACUGGGACGACGAGGUCAUGCUAGCUAUCGUUGCCCGUUUUCCCAUGUUAACCAAGUUACAAGUCCGGUAUGCAAGGGGAGGGCCAAGCGAGGAUACUAUCCUCGGUAUGGGUUCACGUACACUGUACGCUCUUCCACAUCUCGUAUCCGCACGCAUAUUCUGCAUUCCUCUUCUCCCACCCCCUCAAAACGUCCUUGAGUUGAGGAAGCGUGAUGACGACACCGCAUAUGGUGCCCCUGGUAUCGACAAUACUUACUUACAGAGCAUGCAUGAUAUCGAUUCCAUUACAGACACCCUUAUGGAGGGUGUUCUCAGCUUGCAGCAGCUACCUUUCCCCCAAGAUGUCGACGUGGACUUCGUGGACGAACAAGCACCACAAUCGUCGGAGCCGUUUGACGAUUACACUCGCGAACUUGUGAUCGCAUGGAACCGUACUUGUCCUGGACUUCGCACUGUUCAGCUGCACCCGGGGUGGGUGUGGCGGCGCGCGGACUCCACUGACUACUGGGUUGCGAGGCCAUGUGAAUCGGGCAUUUGGGGCGAUGUCUUUGGAUAG